UUAAAAUUCAUCAAACACGUUCCCUUCACUUCUUCUCCGUCACUCCACUCGCCGCCACACACUUCGCAAUGCAAACCCUUCAACGUUUCGCAUCCGCCACGCGCCACGUGGGCGCGUCGCUCCGUCACGAGAUUCUCCUCCGCCCGGCCCCCGCCGCAGCCUUCUCCUUCUCCACCGGUUCGGACGGAGGAGGCGCCUUCGACGCGGGAGGGUGGGACACCGCCUCGUCGUGGUCCACGGGCAUCGCCGGCGACCACUUCAACGGGACGCCGUCGCAACCGCAAUCUCAAUCUCCCUCCGCGGUUCUCGCGGACCUGCAGGAAACCGAGGACAGAGUGAGCGAGCUGGAGGCGGAGAACCGCCGCGGCAAGGCGUUCGUGGACAGCUGGACCCGGCGGUUGUCGGAGACGAGCGUGAUGCUGAAGCAGGUGACGGAGCCCGGCGCGCGAGGCUCGUACCUGAAGGACUCGGAGAAAUCGGAGAUGUACCGAUUGCACAAGCAGAAUCCCGAGGUCUACACGGUGGAGAGGCUCGCUAGGGAUUACAGAAUCAUGCGGCAGAGAGUUCACGCUAUUCUCUGGCUUAAGGAGAUCGAGGAAGAGGAGGAGAAGAAGCUAGGACACCCACUCGACGAUUCCGUUGAGCUCUUGCUCGAUACUUUUCCCGAGUUUUUUAAUUCUCAUGAUAGGGAGUUUCAUGUGGCGUCUCUUCCUUACAAGCCGGACUUCAAGGUAAUGCCGGAGGGGUGGGAUGGCAUUACCAAAGAUGUGGAUGAGGUGCACUACGAGAUCUCCAAAAAGGAGGAUGAGAUGCUAUAUCGAGAAUUUGUCGAGAAGAUGAACUUCAACAAAAAGAAAAUGGCUGGAGAGGUAAAAUGCCACAAGUACAGUCGACGACGCCCUUCAGAUGGAUGGACUUUUACAGUAGAGAAAUUGGGAUCCCGGGGAAAACGAGGAGGUGGUGGUGGCUGGAAAUUUGCUAGCAUGCCAGAUGGAUCAAGCCGACCACUGAAUGAGAUGGAGAAAAUGUAUGUGAAGAGAGAGACUCCACGGCGUCGACGUAGGAUCCUUCCUUGAUUACUUGGAUUUUUUCUUUGGAAGUUUUGAUUAGAGGUUAAAAUUAGAUUUUGUAGCCAAUGCAUUCAAUGGUUUGGGGUGUGUAGUGUUAAUUGUUAUCUCUUUUCUUUUUUUCUUUUGGGUGAGUUGUCGUAUAUUUUAAUAAGCUGAUCCAAUGGUGAUGCUUUUAAUUCAUUCUCCUCAUAUCGCGUGUGCACGGUGAUAUGGAGAAUGAAGAUCCUUUGUUGUUCAGAGAAAAGGUAACCCCAAAUUUAAAUGCAUGAAACUCAGAAGAUUUACUUAAAGUUGUGCAUUUGUUUGUUGA